AUGUACAACAAAUCUCAAGAUAAAUGUAUUCAGUUUAUGAUUCGAAGUUUAAAAGAUCCAAAACAGUUCAAUUUAGUCAGUAAAACAUAUUUGAAUGCUGAUAUGAUUCAAUUUUUGUGUGAACCUUUACUUUCAAUUAAUACUCCGUUAAUACAACUUUAUUCUACCAUAACAAAGAGAGUGUUAAUUAAUAACAAUUUAAAAAAACAUACAGAAAUAGCCAAAUUAUUGAAAAAUGUGGCUUGGUUUAUGAUUAAACACAUUAGCUUACCAUUUGUUCUAAAAAGUUUGAAUAUAAAUAUAUAUCAUAAAAGUUAUCAAAAAGGAAUCAAAAGUUUAAUAAGUCCGUUCAGGGAAAGUAUAUCUACUCCUGCCCGUCAAAAUAUAGCUAGUCAUUAUGCAGCGUCAAAACUUAUGAGUAUUUUAUAUGAAUUAAUUGAGUAUAAUAAAACUGGUAUUUUAGCCGAAGAGUUGUUGUUUGAAAUGUUGUUUUAUUUAUCAUCAGCGUAUCUUGAAAUAAAUUGUUAUUGGCCUGGUGGUAUUGAUAUGUUUCGCAAUCAAAUGGUUUGGAGCUUCAAGAGUUUUCCUAAAACUCCAAAAGAUCUGUGUUUUGCUCUGACAAAUAGCACAAAUACAGAUAUGAGACAUUCUAUCAUCAUUUUUAUAUAUUUCUAUCUUUUAACUGGUUCCAACAUUGAAAAUGAGUCAAUAUACUUAGAACCAAUGUGCGAUUACUUAUGUUCAAUACAGAAUGAAGUUCCUGUUCCUGUUAUUAAAGCAAUUCUUUUUAAUAUUUCUAUUUGUUUUGUAUCCCAUCAUGCAGUGAAUGCAAUAUCUGGUUUAGCUUUUGCUACGGAAAAAUUAGUUGGACUUAUAAACUCCCUGCAAAUUAUUGAUUUGGUAUUUACCCAUCAUCCUGCAUUAUUAUAUUUCUUGUUCGCUACAAGUGUAAUUCCCCAAAAACUACAAUUAAAAUUAAUUAAUCAAUGGGUCCAGAAUUCAGAUGAAAUUAGUUUGAUUGAGCUAGAAAAAAUUUGCUUUAACAACCACAAAGCCAAGUUAUGUUUGAUGGAUGUUCUUAUUAACGAUACAAAUAUUGACACUAAUAAACUACAGAAAGGGUUCAAUAUUAUUAAGAAAAUAAUAACCGCAGAAAACGAAUGUAAUGAACACAAAACAUUAUUAAUUAUUUGGGACGUGUUACCCAUACAUUUAGGUUCAUUCUGUUGUACUAAAAAUCCAAAAAGGAUAGGAGCGACAAAUUUAACGUUUUUAUUGAAUUUAACUGAACCGUGUUUUAUCCUUGGGGCAAAUAUUUCUAUUAACGAACAUCGUAGUAUAGUUUAUACAAUGUCUUCAAUCAUAAAAAGCCAUCAAUCUACUUUCACUGAACAGUAUUCACUGUUAUCAUCUCUUCUUCAGCAUCUCUUAACUCUGAUUCAGUUAUCUAACAGUGAUGUUUUAAAUACAAUUAAGAAGAAUAAGGAUUUUCUAUAUGUUCUUGAAAACUUAUGCCUCUCAAAAAAUAACAACAUUUGUUUUCUUGCAAUCAAUACUUUAAUACAAUUAUGCCAACUUGAACAAGAAGAAACUAAUAUGGAACAUAAGCUUCUAUAUUCGAUAACUUUAAAAUGUGAAUAUGUUUUAAACGCCAUGACUAGGCUAUGUCAAAACUGCAUAAUAUCAUCUAUUACAUUAUUUAAAAUUAUUUUACAAUACUUCGAAGAAGGCAUUUGUAAAUCAGUCGAGUUUAAUGAAGCACCAACUGCCGAUUUUUUAAGAUCUAUUUUUAUGCAAUUAGAAACCAUUAUAUCUCAAGGAUUGGAAUGUGUAUCGAACCAUGCCUGGGAAUGCAUGACUAUAAUAUUGUCAUCAAAACUUUUGAAACAUUUACAGGAAUUAUCAUAUCUUAUAAUUGAGUUUGCCACCGAUCCUUGGCUUAGUUUUAUACUUGUAAAUUCAAAAUCAUUUGAUGAAAGAUGUUUGGAAUUUUUAAAUUUUUGGUUUACACAUUUUGUAUUAAAUGACGAAGAAAGUUUCAGAAUACGUGGAUUAAAAGUGUUAUGUCCAAGCCUCUUUGAUAAUACUGUAGUUCAUAUUUCAGUAACAAUAGUCAACCAAGUUUAUGAAAGUAGUGAAUUAAUGUCAAAAGCUAAAUUUAUUAUACAUUUGAUAUUGAAAAACAAAUUCUCGUUACCAAAUGGACUAGAAUGUAAAAUGAACAUUUUCUUAAACCAAAACUAGUCGAAAGCUAU